AUGACCAGUGUAUGCUCAUUCAGAGUUUUGGAUAAGGCAAACGGUGCAGGGAACGACGCAUUUUCCUCCUAUGUUGUCGAGAAGGCUACUGCCUCGACGCUAAGUUCCACCAUGCCCAACGAUGACAUCCGUGAAGAGCCUUCCAGGACAGCAGACAGCGCGGAAGGCUUCGACCUGGAUCCAGUCAAAACUGCUGCCAUUGGACCGACAAUCACGACAUUCUUGCACGAGACCCUGAAGUUAUGCAUGGAUGCUGUCGCUGCGAAGUUGUCGCGCUGCUGA